AUGGGCGUUCCCCUCGCGCUGCUCGUCGCGUCGCUCAACCCGCACCUCUGGUCGCUCGCCCUCUCUGCGGCCGCGUCGCGCCACGACGGAGCGGCGCUGCUGCCGCUCUUACUGUUCGCUCACGCCGUCGCGCUGCUUCUCAAUUACUCCGCUGCGCGCAUCGUCGACGUCACCGGCGCCACCGUUCCUCAGGUGUGGCUUCACGAGUUUCCGCGCGCCCUCCGCCGCCUGCUGCCGCUCCUCUGCGCCGCCUCCAUCGUCGCGCUUGACGUCGCCGCGCUCUGGGCCUCCGCCACCGCGCUGCAGCUGCUGGCGGGGCUCGCGCUCAAGCCCGCGCUGCUUCUCUCCGCCCUCUCCGGCCUCGCCGCCAUCGCCGCCCCUCCCGGCAAGGCCCAGCAGCUGGUGUCGCUGUGCGUCAGCCUGCUGUUGCUGCUCCUCCUCUCCUGCGCCCUGCACUGCCUCUCCGCCCUUAGCUCCCUCGCCCCCGCCGCGUUCAUCCCGCCUCGCCCCCACCUUCCUCUCGCCGCGCCCGCCGCGCUUCUCCCAUCCGCGGAGAGCGCGUGGAUGGGCGCGGCGCUGCUGGGCGCGUGUCUGCUGCCGCACACCUUCCUGCUCCUCGCCUGGCAGGACGGCCACUGCCUCCUCGCGCAGCUGCUAACAGCCAAGGCAGCCCCAGGGCUAUUCGCGCUCGUGCUGCUGGCAGCGGCGCACCUCCUCGCGCCCUCCACCACCCUCGCCGCGCAGCUCGCGCUCUCCGCCUUCGCCUUCCCCCCUCCCCCCUCCUCCUCCGCUCCCCCUUCCUCCCCCUCCCUGCGCCACCCCUCCCCCUACCUCGCCUUUGCAGCCACCCGCCUCGCCUCCCUCCUCCUCACACUCCUCCCCGCGCUCCUCUUAGGUGACUCCUCCGCCCUCCGCUUGAUUCAAUCCGCGCCUCUCGCCCUCGCGCCCCUGCUCCCCCUGGCCGCCGCGCCUCUCAUCCGCCUGGCGGCUUCCCCCCACGUCAUGGGCCCCUGCCGCCUCCCCCCAGCCCUGCGCCUGCUCGCCUACCUCGCCUGCUGCGCCCUCUCCGCGCUCUCCCUCGCGCCCCUGGCCUCUGCGCUGCCCGCGCUGCUGCAGGGCUAUGCGGGGGAGAUGGAGGGCAUGGGGCUGUGGGAGUGGCUGGCGGGGGGGGCGUGGGUGGGGGAGGCGGGGGAGGAGGGCGGAGGGGGGCUGGCAGUGGCGCUGGCGCCAGGGGCGGUGUGGCAUGGGCUGGCGCAGGUGGGGGCGGCGGUGGGGGGGAGUGUGGGGGUGGCAGCGGCGGUGGGAGCGCUGGUGUGGGUGAUGAGGGUGCCACUACGUUCGGAGGGAGCGGGGGAGGGGGAAGAGGAGGGGGAGGCGGAGGGGGAUAAUGUUAUGGAUGAAGGCAUGGGGGAAGAGACUCUUGUGGGCGAGGGGAUGGAUAGGGGCGCGCGGGAGGGGAUGGCGGACUGGAUGUAUGGCGGAGAGGCGGUGGUGGGGGAGGAGAGGGAUGGGGAUGAUGUGCUGUGGCAGCAGCAGUGGUUGGAGGAAGAGGGGGAAGGGGGGUUGCGUUGGGGGGAUCAAGUGGUGUGCGAGGAGGGGGAGGAGCGGUGGGAGGGAACGCAGCAGUGGGCGGCAGAGUCCCUUGCAGGGGCAGACGAGCAAGAGCGAGCAGGAGAGGGGAAGAUGGGGAGCAUGGGACUUGAGAGUGGGGACAUGGGACUUGAGAGUGAGGACAUGGGACUUGAGAGUGGGGACAUGGGACUUGAGAGUGGGGACAUGGGACUUGAGAGUGGGGACAUGGUAGGCCAUGCGCGUGUGGGUGUGCGCCAAGAAGCUCUGCAGGCAGUGAGUGCGGAGCAGAGUGGGGGAGAGCAGGAGGGGGCGGGGCAGAGGGCAGAGGGAGAGGUAACAAAAGGUGGUGAAGAGCAGUAUGGCGCUGAAGGUGGUGAAGAGCAGUAUGGCGCUGAAGGUGGUGAAGAGCAGUAUGGCGCUGAAUCCCAGGCUGCGGCUGCCUUACCUUCUGCUGCUCCUGCUGCUGCUGCUGCUGCUGCUGUUAAACCUUUUAUUGCUGCUGCAGUUGCCGCUGAUACAAGUAUGGUUGAGGCUGCAGCCACAGUAGUGGGAGGGGUCCUGGAUAGGAAAGAAUCAGCAGCAGCGGCAGUAGGUGCUUUGACGGACUGUGCAGCCCCCGUUUCUUCCCCUGCUGUAGAGGCCAAGGCGGCUGCAUCACUGCCUGACUGGGAGGAGGAGAAGGAAGAGGAGCAGGGGGAGGAGAAGGAGCAGGGGGAGGAGGAGGAGCAGGGAGAGGAGAAGGAAGGAAAGGGCAAGGCUCACGCAGCAGCGGGUGGGGGCGCUGCAGAUGCCCCUCACGCCAGCACAGGGGGCGCUGAGCAGGGGGGAGCUGGAGAGUGCGCAGAGCAGGAGGGGCUGGGGGGCGCGGCAGAGGGCAGGGAGGGGGGACUUGGCGUGGGAAGGGGGUUGGUGGGUGCGGGGCAGGCUGGGGAGGAGGAGGGGGCACAGAGCACAGCAGUGGCGGAGGGAAUGGGUGGAGGAGCGGGAGGGGCCACAGGGGGUGCGCUGCUGGGCGGGGUGGGUGGUGCAGGGCAGGUGUGGCAGGUGGAGGGUCCCAGUCGCUCCACGCCCAACCUGCGGAGUGAUCUGCUGGUAGGACUCAGCCUCAGGGCGCACACCCCCUCCCUGCUCCAGGAUGGUGGCCUGGUGGGGCAGUGCCAAGGCUUUCUCGCCCCAGAACGCAUGAGUUCCUUCCACCAGCAGCAGCAGCAGCAGCAGCAGCAGCAGCAGCAGCAGCAGCAGCAGCAGCAGCAGCAGCAGCAGCAGCAGCAGCAGCAGCAGCAGCAGCAGCAGCAGCAGCAGUUGCAGCAGCCGCAGGUGUAUCAGCAGGAGCGCGGAGUGGGUGCGCUUGGGUUUGCAGUAGUGGAAGACGGUAGUACUGAUGAGAGUGACGUGGUAGAUGCUGUUGCCAGCCUGGCACAGCUGAGCCAGCUGCAGCAUGAGUAUGCAGAAUUCAGCAGUUCGGGCCGAGCGGGGGCUUCUAUGGGUGUUGCUGGUGGUGCAGGGGGGAUCAUGGGCAGUGCAUGGGAGCAGCAGGUGGACGAGCUGGUGGGGACGCGGUCACACCGCACUGCACCACUCCAUGUGGGGCUCGGCGACGCUGCCUCUCCUGCUGGCUCUGCUGCUGCGCUCACGAAUGGGAGAGAAGGGUCGCUUCAGCGAACAGGCAGCGGGGGCAUGUGGGGCUAUGGCUCCCAGGCUGUGCGGGGCGCAGCAGCAGCAAGCAGGGGGGGCAGUGGAAAGUGGAGCACGAUGCAUGUCACAGGCAUCCAGAGCAGCAUGCAUGGGCCUGCCCUGCCCCCGCAUGACUUGCCAGACCUGGCAGAUCAGUGGCUGGCCGCUGCUGCUGUCAGCAAGGGAGGAAAGACCAGCAACCCAGGCUGGCAGCAGGCACAGCAGGCACAGCAGCAGGAGAAGCAGCAGGGCAGGCAGCACAAGCGAUCCGUUCCUCUGACGGGAGCAGCAGCAGCAGUGGCGGCAGAGGAGGCACGGGUGGAGGCGGUGCGGGUGUGUGUGCAGCGUCUGCUGCGGGUGGACGGCAGCGACUGGCUCUUCCGUUUUGACACCGGCCCCGACGAGGACCUCAUUGCCGCCCUCGCCUUCCGCGACCGCAAACUCGCCGCCUCCUCCGCACUCUCUGCUCGCAUCUCCCCGCCCUCUCUCACCCAUGCGGCCGCUCACCAUGUGCAUUCUCACAGCGGGUGUGGCAGGGAUGGGGAGUGGGUGCUGCCUGCAGGAGUGUGGGGGUGUGGCACUGGGUGUGUGUGGGGCCCGGCGCUGGUGGUGUCGUUUGGGGUGUGGUGUGUGCACCGGGUGUUGGAGCUGUCUCAGCUGGAGAGCCGCCCGGAGCUGUGGGGCAAAUACACCUACGUGCUUAACAGGCUGCAGGGAGUUUUGGACCCUGCAUUUUCGCACCCGCGCCCGGUGCCGGUGCUGUGCGCCUGUUUUGGAGAGGCAGCGGGGCAGCCAGCGCUGGCAGCGCAGCGCCUCUUCCAGGGGUUGCUGGCCGGCUCCCUCUGGGGCACACAGAUCCCCCUCGCCAGCCCCAACUGGCCCUUUCCCGGCCCGCCAGGCCACCGGGGCCCAGCGUGUGCUGCUCUCUUUCUCGACCGCAUUCGCGAGGUGGAGGCGGCAGUGGGAGGGCGCAAAGGCAGGACUGGCACGGUGGCGGGGGAUGUGGCGUUCCCCAAGGGGAAGGAGAACCUCUCGUCGGUGCUAAAGCGGUACAAGCGGCGCCUGGUUUUUUUUGCCAAUGCUUAA